AUUUUAUUCAAGCAAACAAUGUUUCCUUCAGUAUAUUUAGUUUUGUUAACUGUUUUAAGUUUGGUGGUGUUCCUAAUAUGUUUGUGGUAUCUUUACUUAAUAAAGUGUAUGUGGCCAUUACGAAAAGUUCCUGGACCAAAACCAUUACCAAUAAUUGGAUGUUCCUAUUUAUUUCCAAAUGUAAAAAGUAUGUUAUCAAGUUUUACAAAUAUGACACAAAAAUACGGACCAAUUUGUAAAAUGAUGAUUGGUCUUGAACCUAGUCUAUUAAUCUCAGACUACGAAACUUUAGAAGCUAUCCUACGAUCAAGCGAAUUGAUUGAAAAGUCGAAAAGUUACAGACAUUUUUAUAACUGGCUGGGAUUCGGUUUGUUAACUUCUGGCGGUUCAAAAUGGCGAGCAAGACGAAAGCUGUUAACACCUAGUUAUCACUUUAAAAUCUUAGAUGGGUUUUUACCCGUUUUUGAUUCUGUAAGUUCAACUUUGGUGAAAGAAUUAGAAAAAGAAGUUGGUAAAGACAGUGUUGAUAUAUACCCUUAUAUAACUUUGUGUACCUUGGAUAUAAUAUGUGAAACGGCAAUGGGUGUAUCAGUGAAUGCUCUCGUGAAUCAAGACUCAGAAUAUGUACAAGCAGUAAAAGGUAUGUGCAAUGUAAUAAUGGAAAAAGUCUUCUCACCAUUGCAACAUCACAACACCACAUUUAAAUACACUCAAAAUUUUCUAAAAGAAAAGCAACUUUUAAAGAUUUUAAAUGAUUACACCAUGAAUGUGGUUAAACUACGAAGAACCGAAAUGAUUCUUAACGAUAAUGUGUCUGAUGGACAGAAAUAUGACGAUAAUAAAAAAACUGCUUUUCUUGAUUUGUUAUUACAAACUCGAAUUAAUGAUGAACCGCUCAGCGAUGACGAUUUACGAGAAGAAGUUCAAACAUUUAUGUUUGAGGGUCACGAUACAACAGCAUCAGCGAUUUCGUUUGCACUCUACUCAAUUGCAAACCAUCCUAAAAUUCAACAAGAAAUCGCUUUUGAAUUAUACAAUAUUUUUAAUGAUGAUCAGCGGAUGGCAACUUUAAAAGACUUGAAUGAUAUGAAAUAUUUAGAACUUGUCAUCAAAGAAACAUUAAGAUUAUAUCCAUCAGUUCCUUUCUUUGGACGUGAAACACAACGAAGUAUUCAAAUAGGCAAAUUGAAAGUUCCUAAAAACUUUACACUUAUAAUAUUUGCAAUGGGCAUUCAAAGAGAUCCAAGAUUUUAUGAUGAACCAUUGAAGUUUAAACCAGAACGGUUUUUAAAUGAUGGAAGUGACAAGUGCAAAAUGCCUUACAGUUUUAUUCCGUUCAGUGCUGGACAUCGUAACUGCAUCGGGCAGAAAUUUGCAAUGCUCGAAAUGAAAGCAACUUUAUCGAAAAUACUACGAAAUUUUAUACUUUUCCCAAGCAAACCUAAUGACAAAGUGUUUUUAAUAUCUGAAACUAUUUUGAAAUCACUGAAUGGAAUCAAAAUACGACUUGAAAAAAGAAAUUCAUUAUUGCACUCUCAGUUCGUGCACAACGACCGCACCCUCAGCAUCAUCAUGUCGUUGGCAGGCUUUUGCAUAUUAAUACCAGCAAUUAUAUUUGUUGUGAUAGUGUAUUAUUAUUAUCGCUAUCACAAUAUAACAAAAUCGAUGAAAAAUGUUAGAGGUCCAAUGCCAUUACCGCUAUUGGGAAAUGCUAUGGAAUUCAAAAGUCGGAACACAAUUUUGCAAAGGUUUUCAGAACUAUUUCAAGAGCACGGAAAACUCGUGAAGGUUUUUCUUGCUUUCAAGCCAAUUCUUCUCGUCGCCGAUUAUAAAGCAAUGGAAGCUGUGCUUGGCUCAAACAAAGUUCUAAACAAAUCAACUUUUUAUGACUUUUUACACAAUUGGUUAGGUUUCGGACUGUUAACCAGCAGUGGUAGUAAAUGGAAACAGCGAAGGCGCAUCUUGACACCAGCGUAUCACUUUCAAAUUCUUGAGCAAUUUGUACCAAUCUUUAGCCGAGUCAGUGAUAUUUUAAUCAACGAAUUUAAGAAGGAAACACGCAAAGAUGCAGUGGAUGUUUAUCCUUACAUUACUCUGAGUACAUUGGAUGUAAUAUGUGAAACUGCCAUGGGCGUUACUGUGAAUGCCCAAAGAGAUAAACACUCUGCUUACGUGCAAAGCGUUAAAGAAAUGGGACGUAUUGUGAUAGAUCGCAGUUUCAAUCCGCAUGAACAAUUCGACUUCUUGUAUCAAUUUACUAAAAAUUACAGAACCGAAAAGAAAUGUUUGGGGAUUCUUCACGGACAUACAAAUGCAGUAAUCAAUAAUCGACGUGCGGAAUUAGCUAAGAAUCAAACAAACGAAGUGGAGACUGAUCAGUUCGGUACAAAGAAACGAAUUGCUUUUCUCGAUUUACUGCUCAAAUGCACAGAUGAAAAUGGGCAACCAUUAAGUGAUUCAGACAUUCGUGAGGAAGUAGAUACUUUUAUGUUUGAAGGACAUGACACCACUGCUUCCGGUAUUAGUUUUGCUCUUUAUGAAAUUGCAAAUAAUCCAGAUGUGCAGAAGAAAAUUCUUGAAGAACAAAAUGAUAUUUUUGCUGGUGAAAAUCGCGAGAUCACUUAUAGUGAUCUUAACCAGAUGAAAUACCUUGAAAUGGUUAUUAAAGAAACUCUACGUCUAUAUCCUUCUGUGCCGUUCUAUGGAAGAGAGACUAUGACUGAGUUGAAACUUAAUGAUGAUGUAACUGUUCCGCCAGGAGUAACUAUUACAUUAGUGGCGUAUGAGAUACAGCGUGAUCCAAAAUAUUUUCCGGAACCUAACAAAUUCAUUCCGGACCGAUUUUUACCAGAGAACAAUUUAGGAAAAACACCAUAUAGUUUUGUUCCUUUUAGUGCCGGUCCACGAAACUGUAUUGGGCAGAAGUUUGCAUUUUUAGAGAUGAAAAUGACAUUAUCCAAAAUGGUUCGUAAUUUUGAAUUGUUGCCCACUGUACCUGCACAUAAACUAGACCUUACUUCCGAGACGAUUCUAAAAUCGGAUAACGGCAUUAUAAUUAAAAUCAAGGAAAGGAAAUAAAUGUAAAUAAAAACAUUAAAUUAAAAAAAUUAAAUGAAAUUAAAUUUAUACUUAAAUAUUUUAUAUAUAAUUUUUUUGUAAAUAUGUAUACGAGUCCAUUAAUUCAAUAAAUUAAUUUUAAAAGAA